UUUUGCCCUAUGUGACGUUUUGUCGUGUACCAUUUUGUAGAACAUUUGUUUAUUUACCAUUUUGUCGUCAUGACGUAAGUUUUAUUAGUGUUUUCUUUCUCUUUUUAUGUCUCUCUGUUAUAUUUCUUUUUCUACAAAGCUAGUUAAUUAACAGGUUAGAGAGUGUUGGGUGUUAAUUAAUUUAUUUUAAUAAUUAAUUUAUUCCUUUUUUAACUACAAAUUAAAUAAAAAAAUUUUUUUAUGAAUUUUCUACGUUUAUUUAAAAAUAAAUUUUUAAUUUCAUAUUAUAAUUUUGAAUGUUUGCAUACUUCUAAUAUUUAUUUUGGAAAAUUAAUUAAUUUUAAAUUGUCAGAUAUUGGUGAAGGUAUUGCUGAAGUACAACUAAAAGAGUGGCAUGUAAAAGAGGGUGAUUAUGUAAACGAAUUUGAUGAAAUCUGUUCUGUUCAAAGCGACAAAGCCACAGUCACAAUAACUAGUCGAUAUAAAGGAAUUAUAAAUAAAUUGUAUUUUCAACCUGACGAUAUUGCUAAAGUUGGACAGACUUUGUUGGAUGUUGAAUUAAAUGAAGAAGAAGAAGAUAAUGAGGAGUUUUUGAAGGAGAUUUUGCCGGAAAAUGAAGAAACUUCUAUUCCCAUAACAAACCAACAAAAUUCAAUAAAAAUAUUAGCAUCUCCAGCAGUUAGAAGAUUGCUAUCCGAAAAUAAAAUUAAUUUAGAAGAAAUUAAAGGGACUGGACCAGAUGGUCGAAUUUUAAAAGAGGAUAUUUACAAAAUGAUUAAUAAAGAUGAAAAUAAUGUGGAAAUUAUUAAAGAGACUACUCAAAAAACAACAAAAAUUCCAAUAAAAGGGUAUACCUUUUCUAUGAUCAAAACAAUGACGGAAUCUCUAAAAAUUCCACAUUUUAUUUAUGGAGAUGAAUUUUUAAUUGAAGAAUUGAUCAAAAUUAAAGAAUUAUUGAAAGAAAAGAAGUCAAUGAAUUUAACUUAUUUGCCCUUCUUUAUUAAAAUGAUUUCAAAAGCUCUUGAAGAUUUUCCUAUUUUGAAUUCCUCGUUGGAUUUGGAUAAUCAAAAUAUUAUUUUAAAGAAUUUUCACAAUAUCUCUGUUGCAAUAGACACCCCAAAUGGUUUGGCUGUCCCAAAUAUUAAAAAUUGUCAAAAUAAAAAUAUUUUGGAAAUUGCUUCGGAACUGAAUGCUUUGAAGGAAAAAGGGGUUAAAGCAGCUUUUUUACCUGAGGAUGUGUCUGAUGGGACUUUUACAAUAUCAAAUAUUGGAUCGAUUGGUGGAAUUUUUAUGAGUCCAAUAAUAUUCCCUCCACAAGUUGCUAUUGGAGCAAUUGGAAAAAUUAGAAGAACUCCUUAUUCUGAUGAUCCGGAAGAAGAAUAUAUUCACGAAAGUAAAAGAGUGGUUAAUAUUUGUUGGGCUGCUGACCACCGAAUAAUUGAUGGUGCUACUUUAGCCCGUUUCAGUAACAAAGUCAAACAAUUAUGUGAAAAUCCUGCAAUUUUGUUGGCUGAAUUACGUUAA